CUCCGGAGUUCCACCAAAAUCGGAGUUCCGGACUCAAGCCCAUGAACUACUUAAUUGCUAUUAAAGUUCAGACUGCUUCUGAACACUUUCCUUGACACUUAAGAACUUUAGCAAGGUUUUAAUAAAAAUAUGAUUUCAAAUACAGAAAUGUAUCUUCAAACCAAUUUCGUCGAUAAAAGUUUUCAAGCCGCAUUAUUGCCAGUUAAUCUGCUUCAAUACACCUCUUUUCUUUCAAAAUAUACUAUUCGGAACAAUUUCAUUUAUCCUAAAGGAUAUAUUUACUGCAUUUUGUCAUUCUUUUUUGUAUGUUCGGUGAUAUAUGCUCAUUAUGCCCAUUCUAGAAUUGAUGGAAUGGGUUUGACUGUUAAAACGACGAUUAGUUUUUCGUUGAUUUUUAACUUUGUAUUUCAUUGUUUCGACUGCGUUUUAUUGUUUUUCAGUAAUAUUUACAGCAGUAAAUAUGCAAUUAAACUUGUGGUGAGAGUCCAAAAAAUAACAAACAAUUUUCGAUCUAUUUCUAAGAAUUACUUUAAGAAUUGGGAAAAAGAAAACUGGAUCUACGUAGCGGGGAUUUACUUUUUGUAUUUCUUGGUCGCUUUCAUGUUUAUGUUUCUUUUUCCUGACGAAGUUAGUUUAAGUGUAUCACGUUUUGCUUAUGCAUUUGUUUUAUUGUAUUAUGAUGUUAACAUCAUUUGUGCUUUUCGAUAUGUGAAACUAUGCGAAGACUGCCUUGGCUGGUGGAUUUCUAAUGUUCGUUUUUAUUUAAAACAAUUGAAAACUUAUGAAAAUGUAAUUGACAAAAUGCAGAACAAAUAUUACUUAAAACGACUUUUAGAUUCAUAUUUGGAUGUUUUAGAUUCAUUCGAUAUGGUUAAAACUAUUUUUCAACUACCGGUAAGAACUUCUUUUCAUUUAAUUUUUUACUAGACGAUUUCCAUGACUUUGUGCGCGUGAAUUUAGCUUUUUGUACUUCCCCUGGGACCUCUUUAAUUUUCCGGGAUAAAAAGUAACUCCCGUGAAAAGGUUACAGAUGACAGAUAGGCACUUUCACAUAUAUUAUACUAAUAAUAGUUGAUGAUGCCCCCAAAAAAUCUUGAUGAGAUGAUAAGAAGUAAGUCUUUGAAAUAAAAGAAAAAAAAACAUUCAUUAUCGAAAAUUAUUAUAUAGGUCCAAUUUAUUAUAUUAUUAUUCAUAUUUUACAUUAUUUUUAUUUACUGGUACAUAAGAAUUAUUCAGAUAUGGAAUAAAACGACUUCUCAGACAGUCAGCGAAAGCUUUUAAAGCUACUCGUUUUGUAAAUAAAAAAAUUAAAAAAAAAUCUAAGUACAUAGUUGUUUUUUGAUUUUAGCCUUACACUUAUUUGAUUUGUCAUUUUGAGCGCGUGGAAAGUUUGUUUUUUUUUUUUAAAAUUAUAAUUAUGUGCCUAUAAUAAUAAAUUAUAUUACAAAAAUGGUGUAAAAAAUUUCAGAUUUUGCUGCAAAUAAUUGAUGGUUUCGCCCAUGGUCUCAUUUAUGCUCAAAUUUUCUUAGAAGAAGGAAAAGUUGGUUCUUUAGGAAGUACAUGGCGCGCUAACAUUGUUGCACAGUCCUUCGUUUUCGGCUGGAUAUUAAAGAAUGUUUUGGUUCUCAGUUUAUGUAUCAAGGGGUGUG